AUGGCCCGUAGUAGUCUUGCCAAGCUCUCUCGGGCGGCCACCCGCAGCCUCUGCUCUUCAUCAUCACAGACCAUUCUCUCGCGCCGGUCCUCUGCCCUGCUUACUUCGACUGCCUCCAAGUCGGCAUCCAUCGCAGGUCCCGCCAGCUUCAUCGCUGCUCGCAAACUCUUCACUACUUCUGCUGUUGCCAACCGGGGCAUUAUGCCUGACACCGACAACCCCCAAGUCAAGCAAACCCCCAGUGACAAUGUCAAGACGAGCGUCGCCGAGCUCUCCGAUUCCGAGUAUCACGACCUCGCCGAUGCCUACCUGGAGACCGUCGUCACCAAGCUCGAGGAGCUUCAGGAUGCGCGCGAAGGCGUUGAUGUAGAGUAUGCCGCUGGCGUCCUCUCUGUCACUUUCCCAGACGCAGGCACCUACGUGAUCAACAAGCAGCCUCCCAACAAGCAAAUUUGGCUUUCGUCGCCCAUCUCAGGCCCUAAGCGCUACGACUGGGUCAUUGUUGGCGACUCACAGAACGAGAAAGAAGGCACCGCGGCCGGUGCCUGGGUCUAUGCCCGUGAUGGUAGCACUCUUGAUGAUCUCUUCCUCAAGGAGCUUGACGUGGACCUUAGCAUAGCUCCGUCGACUUACGGUGAGGAUCAGGCUUAG